GUGAUACAAAAUAAACCUUGAAAAGCCAGAACUGGCCCUACUUAACUUUGGCUGCUCCUCAACGAAGCUUCAUAUUGUAGUGGCCAAUUUUAUUCUGCCAUGUCAUAUGGCUUUCCCAUAUGCAAAUCCACGAAAAAGACUUGGCUCAGCCUCCCAAAUAGGACUUGCAUAUAUUUCUGAACCAUUCUUUCGAAGAGAGAACCAAAAUGGUGAUGCUGAGUCUCUACUAAUUCACUACCAGCUGCCUACAAUGCCAAUGUCAUCAGACUACUCUACUCCUAAUCUAUAUUGCAAUGAAGUAUCUGAUGAUGUGGUUUCCUCAAAUGCUGAAACAUGUGACCAAAAUUUUCAUGCAACUCUGGAUUUCCUGUCGGACGAGGAGAGCUCUAUUACUAGUGUCUUCGAUUCUGAGAUUGAUCAAAUGCUUGAACUUGAAUUACUACAUCGGUUACGUGGAAAUCCUAGUAUUAUCAGUGCUAGAAAAGACGCGGUCAAUUGGAUGUUGAAGGUGCAUGCUUACUACCAGUUUAGGCCUGAAACGGCAUAUCUUUCUGUAAACUAUCUGGAUUGUUUUCUCUCCUCUCAUACAUUGCCGAAAGGUAAAGGGUGGCCCCUGCAGCUAUUAUCGGUUGCUUGCCUGGCCCUGGCAGCAAAAAUGGAAGAAACAAGCGUGCCACUUCUAUUAGACCUGCAGGUGAAGGAACCGAGAUUCCUGUUCAAGCCCAAAACAGUUCAACGAAUGGAGCUCUUUGUCAUGGCCAAUCUUAAGUGGAGAUUGCGCAGGACUACACCUUUCGACUUUGUCCAUUAUUUCAUUGCUAAGCUUUCAUGUCUUGGUUCUCCACUAAGAGAUUGCAGUCAAGUUUUCUCGCGUGCCUCGGAUCUAAUUAUCAGCACGUGUCAAGUGAUCGAUUUCUUGGACUAUCCACCAUCUUCAAUAGCAGCAGCUGCCGUACUAUGUGCAACAGAUCAAUAUGUGGAUGACCAAGAGUUGGGCUACUUUCACAAAAGAGUAAGAAAAGAAUUGGUGAAAAAAUGUUACAACCUUAUGGAGCAGACAAAGUGCAUACUGGCACACGUUAAACAAAAAAAGUUGCAGCCAAUGCCACCAAGUACUGUAGGAGUGACUGAUGCAGCUAUUGGCAUAAGCUUCAAUGUUCACAAAACUGGGGUAACAAGGACUUGAAGUAAAGCCAAGACUCACAACUGAAUUAGUGCUGGAAUCAGAUGUUUAAUCUUACCUUCUACUUCGUCUAUUGUUUGAAGUUUCUUCGUAUGUGUGUGUAGCUACUGCAAGAUGAUUGUGAGGGAAGUCUUCUGACUAGUUCAAACAGUAUGCUUUUUGACAUUAUUCAUUUUGUGUUGGACCGAUUCCAAUUUUCGUAUGAAAAUAUGUAUUAUAAAAGGCUGAGGUACUUGUCAGUUGUCACAACCAAGAAAUUUUGUACAAUUCAUUUUUCUUAUUAUUGACAAAUUCCGUGAAAAUCGAUUCAAUAAGGUGACAUGAAA